CAAGACGACGCGAGCCUCCCUCCUCGGCUUCCUCCAACCCCUGGCCCUGCAGCUCUUGCGCUCCGCUUCCCGUCGUCCCCAGCUCCCGAUGGCGAACCGAGGCUGAUGCCUCGCGGCGCCUGAUCGGGCGUGGCGGCCACGGACCCUAGCGUCUCCGGGAGCCGUACGCCGAUCCCUCCGCCCCCAGUUCGGCCGCGCGGGCUCGAGCCCUCUCUCCAGAGUCGCGGCCCGUCGGAUCCUCCUCGCGCGAUUCUGGCCUCGCCCCGUGCUACUGCCUAGUGCUAGAUGCCAAAGAUAAAGAACCUCUCGAAUGCUUGUAAAGUAUCGUUUUCUCCGGAUGAUCCCAUAUCUGAAGAGGCGCUUGAGAGAGUCCGUGCGCUGUUAGAUGAGAUAAGACCUUUAGAUGUCGGGCUAGAUGAUGAAGCCAAAAUUGCACGCAAUUGGAAUAGUUCUACACGUCAACUAAAUGGGAGACGAGGACGUAAUGGAUCUAACCAGUUAGCUGCUCCGAUCAAAUAUUUGCACAUCCAUGAAUGCGAAAGUUUCUCUAUGGGUAUAUUUUGUAUGCCACCGUCUUCAGUUAUUCCACUUCACAAUCAUCCUGGGAUGACUGUACUAAGCAAGCUUCUUUAUGGAAGAUUGCAUGCCGAAUCUUAUGAUUGGAUUGACGUAGAUGAUCCAGUUGACCAAUUACAAGUGAGGCCAGCAAAGCUUGUCAGAGAUUGUGAAAUGUCUGCACCAGAGACUACCAUUCUUUACCCCAAUAAAGGUGGUAACAUCCACACUUUCAGAGCCAUCACACCUUGCGCUCUCUUUGACGUCCUUUCUCCACCAUAUUCUGCUGAGGAGGGGCGGCACUGUUCGUACUUCCAGAAGUCUCCUGUGAACGAACCACCUGUUGUUUUGCCCAGUGAAGUAGAUAGCUCAGAAGUAGUCUGGUUGGAGGAGUUGGAGGACCAUCAGCCCCCUGAGGGCUUUGUUGUUGCGAGAGGUCUGUAUAAAGGCCCUGUAAUAAGAAGAUAAUUUGGUUUGGAGCACGUUAUCCAUGAACUACGGAUCAGCUGAAAGAGGUUGCUGGUUUGCGCCAUCUAUUUCAUGUGAUUUUAGUAAAGCAAGCAUCAAUGGGUCAGCCAGCGGUUUAUUUUGUAUAUGUCAAAGAGAUGUGAUAAUUUAACAUUAAUUUUACUGGACAAGAUUGAAUAUUUAUUGUUUGGUCACCAUUUUAAUUCUAUGUGCCCGCUGCUGAAGCA